AUGAGUCGCAAUUGGAUUCCGGCCCUUAUGGCCAUUGGCAUGGGUGUCUGGACUGGAUACUAUACCUUCCAGCCUGCGUUGCGAGAAUUGCAGUCGGAGAAGACGGGUCCUCAGACUCCGCCGGCGCAAGACCAAAAGAUCGCUCCCACUCCCACUCCCAGUUCAGACAAGGAUUCGAACAAGCCGGUGACCCAACCCAGCGAAGCGAAGACCCCCGAGGCUCAAAAAAGCUAG